GACAGGUCCCUAAGCAGCCACUGGGCCGCUUCGCCUCCCGCUGACAACUUCCGAACGGCCGCCAAAGUCCCGCCCACGUACGAUUUCCGCCUGAAGGACAUUUGCAUAGAGAUGGCUUAUUGGCUGCCAGCAAGCACUCGCUCUUCUCAUUGGAUGAUACUGUCUCGGGCACAAUUCCGCGGAAGACGCUCACCGCCGCGUUGAGACUUACGGUCCCAGGGGCUUACGGUUCCGCUUCCGGUUCGCCUCGGAGCCAUGGCGACCGUGGGGGGACUGAGGUACCUAGUGCUAUCAGGCAGAUGGCGCCGCGGCCUUCGAGCAGCCCCCCAGUCCCGGGCGCUCGCCGCCCUCGUGCCCGGCGUGACCCAAGUAGACAACAAGUCCGGUUUUCUGGAGAAGAGGCCGCAUCGCCAGCACCCUGGCAUCCUGCAGCUACCGCACGUGCGGCUGCCGCGGGCACUCGCUGACGCUGCGCAGUUACUGCUGCUCGAGAGCGCCGUGCCCAGUGCGGAGAAGCAGGUGCAAGCACUGACCAAUUAUCUCUGGAGCCGACAUUUACCUGUAGAGCCAGAGGAGUUGCAAAGACGGGCUGUGCACCUUGAGGAAAAAUUCUUGGAAAACUCGGGUCUACUCACAGUACUUGGGGCCAGAGCCUAUGUGGAAUAUAUGUAUGUGGACAGCUCAGCUGCCAUGUUGAAUCUGGCAGACAAGCUACUGAAAGAUGAGAAUAAGUGUUUUUCAUUCUUCUCAGGGCCAUGUUUCUUGUCUGUAUAUCUCUUCAGAUUAUUCCUGUGGCCGUUAACUUCAUAUGCACUCUUAGUUGCUGCAUCUCUUCUCUCCUGCACAGGUUGUUCAGAAUCUGGGGAGCCUUACGUUCCGGCUGUCUUUUUCAGACAGCUUCUACCUGUAUCACCAAAGGUACAAUUUGAUAUGGUCGUGUCAGCCUUUUCCCUAAGUGAACUGCCCAGCAAGGCUGACCGCGCUGAGGUAGUUCAAACCUUAUGGCACAAGACACUUCAUUUUCUGGUAUUGGUGGAGAAUGGAACAAAAGCUGGGCACCGCCUUCUCAUGGAUGCCAGGGACCUGGUUCUUAAGGGAAAAGAGAAGUCACCCUUGGACUCUCAACCUGGUUUUUCUUUGCCCCGAAAGAGAAGACAAUGGAGGAAAAGUUCUUUACGGUGAUCCUUGCCUGGGAGUCUCCAUAGGAAGCUAAUCGCUGGCCCCGUAUCACUCAGCCUAUCCUUAAAUGGCCUUGCCAUGUGCAUUGUCACCUGUGCUGUCCAGAUGGGCACAUGCAGCAUGCUGUGAUCACAGCCCACCAGCAUGGCAGGGAUUUGUAUCAUGCCCGUGCCACCUCCUGGUGAGAUCUUUUACCUGUGAUCACUCCGUCUGAGUUUCCUCCAUCCCCUACUCAAGAUCUCCCUGAGAGCUGACAAGGAUAUGUAACAUGUAUUUUCUUCUAUCAUGCCUGCCAAGGCUGAAGCUACCUGGUAUCCAGGAUGAGAGUGCUGGUACCCCCAUAUGUCUGUAUUGGUUUUAAUAAUCAUCAUAAUAAAUUUUUAAAGAAUG